CCCCCCGUACACCGGGAAAAUUCAACUCGCCGCUGCUCGAGCUUUCCCUCGCGGCCCCGCGAGCGGACCCGGUGAGAUCGCGCGUUGCGCGCGCCAGGACUCUGGGAGGCUCCGUGCAUCCCCCGCGCGAAGCGAACGGGCGGAGCGGCGAUCCCGAUUCCCGCAUCCCGCGCCAAAUAUAUAUAUAUCUCUUGCGCACGGACGACGUGGAUCUCGACGGUGCGUUGGCUCUACGCGUGUGUGUCCUGUGUGCCGGGCGGUGCGUGAGAAACGCGUGACACAGGGUGGGUGGCUGGACGCGCGCACCACGAUGUUCCUCCCAUGGUCCUGGAAGAUGCGAGCCAAGUGAGUCCGCCCGAGGAAAUAACGGGUAAACGCGUGGAUUCCGACACGACGUGUUUACGCGCACACGCGCGCCUCGCACACCCCCGGGAUGACGAUGCUGUUGUCACAGGGAAACCACCGACGGCAUCCUUGAAGAGCGUCCGAGCGCUCUGUCUCGAGUCUGGGGCCAUCGACGGAAUAUAGAGUGAUAUGUUAACCGAAGACAAUGAUCCGACAAAACCAGCAGGGGUUUUAGACAAUGCUGGCAACGUGUCUUCCUCGACAGAAGCCUCGGUACAGCAUCCUCGCGCCACAAACAAUGAGACCGAAGUUAAGAACGAGGUACAGGACUGUCCCGAGAAUGACAGCGUACCCGGUGGUGAACUGUACAUUGACGAGAAUGCCGAGGAAAAGGAGCAGGAAUAUCCGGAUUCGAUGGAAAAGACGGAUUACGGAUCCUUGUACUCACCCAAUCAAUAUUACAACAGCUUGUACAAUUCGCCACCUUACGGAUCAGCAACAGCCUCGAAAAACGCAUCGAGCUUGCAGAGCUCGUACCUAAGCUCUUACACAUCGUCAAGCUCGAUGACACAGUAUCCGUCCUACGCCAGUUACAAUAGCGGGACAACGACCUUCCCGAACAUGGCGCAAAAUAUAUCAUCGGCCUCUCAGAAAUUAGACUAUAGCGCUUACAGCAGUAGUUUAUACGGGAAUGACAGGGUACCACUCCAGUAUUCCGGAUACUAUCCUGUGGCUAGUUAUCAUCAUGCACCGCCGGCUUCAUUCAAUAUCGGAAACAUCAACUUCGCUGAAGAUUCGACAAAGUCCGCGCUUACGUUAGAUCCAACGACACACGAUGCGAGCGAUCUGACCGCACGGGAAACCGCAAACAUCGAAGUGGCAACGACGAAGCCAUGCAGGCGCGGAAGAAGACAGAGCGGAAGCGGAAACAGUAUCGGUUCCGCGGAUACGACGGAAGCCGGCCCCGAGCGUAUAUUCAUCUGGGACCUCGACGAAACCAUAGUUGUGUUUCACUCCCUACUAACUGGACAAUACGCCACCAAGUACCGUAAGGAUGCAAGUCAUCUGGCUCAAGUAGGGUACAGGAUGGAAGAGAUGAUAUUCAAUUUGGCGGAUACGCAUUUUUUCUUCAAUGACAUUGAGGAUUGCGAUCAAGUACAUAUAGACGAUGUUUCGUCGGACGACAACGGGCAGGAUCUGUCAUCCUACAAUUUCGCGACCGAUGGCUUUCAGUGCGCGUCUGCAAACAAUGGGAUAUGCCUGGCAUCCGGUGUGCGAGGCGGUGUCGACUGGAUGAGGAAACUAGCGUUCCGUUAUCGUAAGAUCAAGGAAAUUUAUUGCAAUUAUCGAAACAACGUGGGUGGUCUUCUGGGCACAACAAAGCGCGAACAGUGGUUGCAGUUGCGUUCCGAGAUUGAAAUGUUGACUGAAAACUGGUUGACGUCGGCUGUGAAAUGUCUCAACAUUAUCAACAAGAGAAGCCACUGCAUCAACAUCUUGGUGACGAACACGCAGCUGGUACCCGCGCUCUCCAAAGUUUUACUAUUUGGCAUUGGCGGAAUAUUCCCCAUAGAGAAUAUAUACUCGGCCUCUAAAAUUGGAAAGGAGAGCUGUUUCGGUAGGGUGGUCGCUCGAUUUGGCCGUAGAUGUACGUACGUGGUAAUAGGAGACGAUUCGGACGAGGAAACGGCAGCGCGGGCACACAACUUUCCCUUUUGGAGGAUAAAUAGCCACUCGGACACCCAAGCCCUGUAUACUGCCUUAGAAAUGGGAUUUCUUUAAUCAAAAGCACAAACCAGUCUCUGUCGGGAAAUAUUUCGGUAUUUCAUAUGAAAAAUCGCAUGGCGCGUAUUUCUAUACAAUUAACAAGAAAAACUAGUGAUAAAAUUAUGCUUGAUAUACCACACACAAUCCCCCCCCCCCCCACUCUUUUUCUGGAGCAGCUUUUAUCAUUCCUAUAACUUUUAUCGUGUGUAAUAUACAUUAAAGAAAGGUGGACACUUUUGCAAAUGUCAUACUUACACUCGUCGAUAUUAAAAUAAUCCGCGAGUUUGGUCGGAUAUCUCGUCCGCAGGUGAUAUAGAAUGAAAGUAAAAUUUUAGAGAUAGCAAGAAAAUUCGGAGAACAGAUUUAUAAACAGAUGUAUAAUAAGAUUCUUUCGAACGGUUUUCUAGUAUUGGCACUUAGUCACAGUGUACUAUAUAAACUGAGAAACGGAAUCUGUGAAAAGUAUAUAUAAUAAUAUACGUUUCGUGUACUUAAACGCACUACGUUAGCAUCCUUUUCGUUCUGAUGAAAAUCAAACGAUUUUUACUAAUAGCGAAAUCGAUUGUUCGCACUAGUGCACGUUGAAUGCACCCUAAGGUUUGUCAUUACAGUCAAUUCUUAUAUUAAAGGUUCGUCUUAAAUAUCUCUUGAAAUAUUUGUAGCCAGUAAAAUGAUCUGUACAGCAGCUGUAUGCAUCAUUUUUUGGCUCAAUAUUUGUUGAACAUAUAUUUAAGACGAAGUGAAAUAUAACAAUUAACUAUAAACAAGCCUUAGUGCGCACUAGUGCGAACAACCGAAUUCGCUAAAAAUAUGUUAGUAGAUUAUACAAUCGGAUGUUUUUUCAUUGACGUUACACAGCUUGUGUAAAUAUAUACGGAUUUAUAUAGUUUUUAACAAACUAUUUUUAUAAUUAUCAUAUUUCACUUAAUACACUCGUGAUACUUUCAUUGCGCAAAUUUAUUGCAAAGAAUCAGUUUGAUUCCUUUGUUACAUCUCCAUGAAUUAUAUCUGCUUUAUACCUGUUUGUCAUAUUACGUGUACCUUUUUUACAUUCCUUUAGCUUCUAUGUCGCAAAUAUAUAGUUAUAAGCGAAAUUAUGUAUAUUUUGAAAGUAUCCAUAUCAAUUACACAUUAUACACAUGCCAUAUAACAAUCUUACUGGACACAAAUGCAUUAGAAAAAGUAUUUAUAUAUUUGUAAAAAUAUUAUAUAGUUAUUACGAUAUUUUGGAAUUGUACAAGGCUAUUUGACAAACGAAAAAAUGCAUUAAGUAAUAUAAUAAAAAGAGGAAGGAACGAAUUAGUAUAGUUACUAAUUACGGUUGACAUCGUUAUGUGUAAAAACAGUUUAUAAAAAUUUUCUGAAUAUAUCGUAUUAUUCGUUAACAAAGCUAUUAAUAAAAAUAUAAUUGAAAAUAUAACGUGCAACUGUUCGUGUCUGAAAAGAAGGGAAAAAUGAAAGUAACUUUAUUCUUUGGCAAAAAAUUAUCUGCGCACAUCAAGUCUAUGUUAAAUUAUAUGUGGUACUAAUUUAAUAUCGGCUACUCUGAAAAUAAAUCAAUAUUCUAAGAUUCUGUUUUAC